UCAGAUUUUAUACAUGGCAACAAAAUACAUUUGACAUUUCGAGUUUUUGACAUUUGACUGACAAGUUGUAACCAGUCAGCUUGUUUUGAUUGAGAUUGACUCUGAAAAGUCUGAAACAAAUCCUAAAACAUUUUGUUCUACUUGCUAGUCUUAUAUCAUUAAUUUGUUUUUACUCGAACUGUGAAGUGCAUCAUUAAAUUACUAUGGAUCUGUAAAACUGUUUAUUUGCUAGUGUUUCUAUGUACGACUUUCUCAAUGUAAAUUUCCACUACAUGACUGAUUUGUUUUACUUACAAAGAACUAUAAAAUAACUUGUGUGUUUGUGGUUAAUAAGGUAAUAAAAUAUCACAAUGAACAAUAGAAGUGCAGCAGGGCUGCGUCGUUCAGCCAUAGCAGCGCGUAUUCGGAUAAGAGAAGAAUGGUCCGAGCUGAAAGGCCCCGAGGAGAUAAAAAAACAGCUCAAUCGAAUCCCAGAAAUAAUACGAAAACAACAGAAGCCAGUGACAAGCGCCAGCAAGCUCGUAGCCCAGAAAGUUAAAUUCACUAAAACCAAAACGAAUCCUAAAGUUUUAAAGAAACGGAAUGAAAAUAUUACAAAUUUACCAAUAUCAGAUAGGAACAUGGAUGUGGGCGCGGAUGCGCUCGCAGGGGUGGUGGCGCUAGUUGAUGUGGGGACGGAGACUCGGGCACUGGCUCUUAGGGCUGCUCUGAUGGCGCUGGGAGCCACGGUGGUGCCGGCUUGGAGCCCCUUUGUGACGCAUCUUGUGUGGACUCAGGGUGGUUGCCGCGAUACUCGCGCCAAAGCCCGCGCCUUGGCCUGUCGUCUGGUAUCACCGCUGUGGGUGGAGGCCUGUGCCUCUUGUGGACGUCGGGUCACCGAAGCUGCCUUUCCUGCUGCUGCGAGGCCUAGUGAUCUACCCUCUCCUCGAGCAUUAAGGAUCAUGCUGAAACGAGCCGAAGCAGAGAAUAUCCCUUUAGCAGACCUACUCAACAAGGAACCAAACAACCCCAAAGAGCAAAGACUAAGGAUAUCGAGUGAAACGGAGCACGAUACUACAGCAGACACGUCUACGGAUCGGGACACGUCUACCGACAAGGACACGUCGCAUGAGCGCUCCAAGGACAGCACAGACCCGACAAUCCGUGUGAACACGUUGCCCCGCGGCGGGGCAGCAAAGAUGGCGGCCGAGACGCCGGCGCAGCCGCCCAAGUCGCGGCGGAAACUGUUCACGCAGAAGGAGGCGCAGGACCUGACUGAUGAUGACGAUGACACCCCCGCCGUCCCAAAGCGCACCCCGUCGAAACUAACUCUCCGCGAGCGUAAAGAUCUCGCCCGCGCCGAACGCAUGGCGCGGCGCAUGCUGGGCAACACCACACACACGCCGGCCAAAACCAUCACGCAGCAGAUAUUGUCUCAGACCGAGGCUCCAAGAAUUCUCGCUUUAAAACUAACUCUCGAUGAGUGUGAAAAUCUCGCCCGCGCCGAUCGUAUGGCGCGGCGCAAGCUGGGCUGCCAGCCUGCCACACCGGCCAAAACAAUCACGCAUCAGAUAUUGUCUCAGACCGAGGCUCCAAGAAUUGUACUGACAGGAAUGUCACGCACCGAGCGUCAAGCCACACAAACCGCCAUCAAAUCUCUCAACGGACGAGUCCAGAAACAAGUCAACCCCCGCACCACCCACGUUGUACUAGGCUCUUGCGUCUCCGACCGAAACGACCACACCGGCGUACAACCGCUAGACCAAAGUCACUGUUCCAAAACAACAAAUACUAGGUGUCUAAUACCAAGUACAAAUACUAGGUCAGACAUUCCUAGUACAAAUAGUAGGUCAGAAAUACCAAGUACAGAUACUAGGUCUGAAAUACCAAGUACUAAUACUAGGUAUGGAAUACCGAGUAUGAGUCAGAGGUGCGGGGUGGAAAAGGCGCGUACUUUGAAUGCGUUACUAGGUGCGGCGAGGGGGUGUAGGGUGGUGUACUCGCAAUGGGUGACGGAUUCGGUGGAGGUGAAGAAAUGGUUGCACCAUCAUGGGUACGAGUUGUCGCAUUUGAGGAAGAUUUCACAGAAAGCUCGCGUGGAACGCUCCGCUCUCGGCCGAACAUGCUCCGACUACGCUUACGACAUUUUCCGAGGCAUGCGAGUCCGUGUAUCCCCUCACACUGAGCAAAAAGACGCAGCACAACAACUGUUAACACUCUGUGGUGGUGUUGUACAAAAUGGCGGCGGUUUACAAGAUGGCGGAACGCAAACAGCUGACUUUGACGUUUGCGUGGGGAAUGGGGAGGGCGAAGUGAGCUCCAAGUGGGUGUUUGACAGUGUAGCAGCCGGUAGAAUGAGGACUACUAGGAGAUAUGUGAAUCUCGGUGUCGAAAAUGCGAGAUAAAGAAGUUAAGUUGCGGUUUUUGUGUGUUUAUUCUAUGUAACAAAGUUAUAAAAUAAUAAAAAUGCCCAUGUUAUGACAUCUUACGAGGCAUUCGAAUCCUGAACGAAAAGACGCUGCUAUACAACACAACUGUUAACUCUGUGGUAGCGUGGUUCAUGAAAGAUGGUGGACAAUUCCAAGAUGGCGGAACACAAACACAACAUUAAAGUUGAGAAAUAGUGAGCGUGUGUAUAUCAUUUAGAAGUUCUAAUAGGUUGUGUUCUAAAUUAGAACACCUGGGUCCUCUUAGCUUCUGCCACUGACAUUUGCCAAUAAUAAUUGUAUCUAACAUAUUUAGCCAAAUAUUGUAACAAUAACUUCUUACAGCGGUAGGUGAUAAUGAUAAUCUUGGUUUUGUUCCAGUUACUUUCAAGAUUUUUUUUUUCAUAUUACGAGUAAUAAGCAUUAUAACAUUUAUAACGUUAUUUAAAGCAAGUCAAUAACUUAUUUAUUUUGUAAAUAUAAUAAAGGCUAAGUAUUGUUAUUUAAUGAAUAUUAUGAAAUUUUGUAACUUUAGAGGAGACAAGCUCGUCUUGUUUUU